CCUCCUCACCGAUGGGUCAGGCAGCAGUGAAAGGCUCCAAAGGCUUCAGUGGCGUAGAGUUGAAUGGAACUGUUUUGGUCGAUGAUCAUGUCAAGGCCAUCCUGUCCAGCCCAUUAACAACUGUUUUCCUCCCGGUGGUCUACAUCAUUGUGUUCGUUGUGGGGUUUCCCACCAAUGCUCUGGCAAUCUGGGUCUUCCUCUUCAGGACCAAGAAAAGACACCCGUCCUCCAUCUACAUGGCCAAUCUGGCAGUGGCCGACUUGCUGUUCGUCAUAUGGGUCCCCCUGAAAGUAGCAUACCACUUGAACGGCAAUAACUGGAUCUAUGGAGACGGUUGGUGCAAAGUCCUGGUGGCCUUUUUUUACGGCAACAUGUACUGCUCCAUCUCCUUCAUCGCCUGCAUCAGUGUGCAGCGUUACUGGGCUGUGGUCGACCCGCUGUCACACAAGCACCGGAAGAACAGUUUAGCCGUUUUUGUCUCCGUCACAAUCUGGGUGGUGGUCUGGGUCCUCACCAUUCCCCUCUACCUGUACUCUCAAGCUGUGCAGGUGGCAAACCUGAAAAUCCAGACCUGCCACGAUGUCACCAGGCCAAGCCAGAAGAACAUUGCGGCGGGAUAUUUCCUGACAAUGGGAACGCUGGGAUUUGUGUGUCCCACUAUUGUGUGUGUCGUAUCCUACAUCUUCAUGCUGAAAGCUCUCAGGAACAGCAUGGAGGACGUGAACAUAGUGAAGAAACGCCAAAAGGCAGUGGUGCUGAUCAUCACUGUCCUGGUGAUGUUUCUGGUCUGCUUCACUCCCAGUAACAUCAUGUUGCUGGUGCACUACAUCCUGCUGCUGAGGAGCGCUCAGAACAACAUGUAUGGGUUUUACAUCACCACCCUGUGCUUGGCCAGUCUGAACUGCUGCGUGGACCCCUUCAUUUACUACUUCAUCUCUGAGGACUUCAGGAAUCACAUCAAGAACACGUUCCUCUGCAGGAGCGAGAGGACAGUGGAGAGGAUGAGGGUCUCCUUCAGCGCUCUGAAGUUCUCCAAGAAGAGCAACACGUAUACAUCAGACACACCGAACACACGGAGCAGCGAGUGCUGACCAGGUCAAACAUUUCAACAUUUAAAUAAUAUAAUUACUCUCAGGGAAACCAGAAACUGGAUUUUCAGGUUUAGCAUGUGUUUGGAAAUCUACUGACCUCACAUGAUGAAAUGAACCGGAGAAGGUUUCAUAAAUUAUUUUAAAUGUUCUUUACUAGUUUUAUUAAAUGUACUUUUUGAUGUA